GACGCGGAAAUCUGAAUGGGGCUCGCGGGCCGGUGUCUCUCUGGUUGCUACGGGGGCCGGGGCGGGGCGAGGCGACGCUGCGGGGCCGCGCUGCGGCGGGCUGGGAGCGCGGCCGGGCCGCCUCGCGCCUUAUCCUCAUCCUUUUGCGCUGUGCUCGCCAUGGGGCCCGGCCUCGCGCCUCGCUCGCCAUUGCCCGCGCUGUACGCCGCACUGCUCCUCCUGCUGCUGCUGCUGCCGCCUCCUCCUGCUAUGGGCGCCGGCGAGCGGCGGCGUCUGGCGUGCACCACCUGCCGGGGCAUCGUGGACAGGUUCAACCAGGGGUUAGCAGAUACAGCAAAGAAGAAUUUUGGUGGUGGAAACACUGCUUGGGAGGAGAAGACGCUGUCGAAGUACGAGUCCAGUGAAAUUCGUCUUGUAGAGAUCACUGAGAAUCUCUGUGACAGUAGUAACUUUGAAUGUAACAACAUGGUAGAAGAGCAUGAAGAACAUAUAGAGAAAUGGUGGUUCAAACUAAAGAAGAAAUAUCCUGAUUUGUUUAAGUGGUUUUGCAUAGAGACAUUAGAAGUUUGUUGCCCACCUGGAACUUAUGGACCAGAUUGCCUUGCUUGUCGUGGUGGAUCAGAAAGACCUUGUCAUGGAAAUGGCCACUGUGAUGGUGAUGGUACCCGAGGUGGAGAUGGCACAUGCAGCUGCAACAAGGAAUACACAGGAGAAUUUUGUUUGGACUGUUCUAAUGGUUACUACAGUAGCUUGAGAAAUGACACACAUUCAGUUUGUACAGCCUGCCACACUGCUUGUAAAACUUGUACUGGUUCAAGUAACAAGGACUGCCAAGACUGUAAAGAAGGCUGGAUCAAAAAUGAAGAAGCAGCUUGUGUGGAUUUAGAUGAAUGUGCCUCUUCUCCUUGCAAAGAUGAGCAGUAUUGUUUGAACACAGACGGAUCUUUCUCAUGCAAAGCAUGUGAUGCCAGCUGUGUAGGUUGCACAGGAGAAGGUUCUGACAAGUGUAAGACCUGCGCAUCAGGAUACGCGAAGGAAGAUGAGAAGUGUACAGAUAUAGAUGAAUGUAACCUUUCAGAAAAGGUGUGCACAAAGGAGAAUGAAGACUGUGUUAAUACUCCAGGUAGUUACAAGUGUGUAUGUUCAGAAGGGUUUGAAGAUAAGGAUGGAACAUGUGUUCAAACUGUAAAAACAGGAGAGGAAGUGGAGACUGAAACAACUGAGCCGUCACAUACAGAACAUGAGGACUUAUGAUCUGCAUUCAGAACCAAAAGACAUUCCUAUUCUCAAGUUCUAAAUUAUUGGACUAAGCCUGUGCUAGCUGACAUACUGUGGGAAUGGUAUUAAACAUGCAGGCUAACAUUAAGAUUUUUUUUUUAAAUGGUGAUAAACUGCUCUUUAAGCUGCAUUUCUUUAUUCUUAAAUGCCACUUUUUAUAUAGUUCUUUAAGAACAACUGUCUAGAUGGGUAAGUAUAAAAUUUGAAUUAACAUAAAUUGCACCCAACGAUAGUAAGAUUGAAGAUUUCUCAUUCUACUGCCUAUUGGUAAUUAUCAUCUUCUUUUGGAAGGACUUAGUUGCACUUCAUAAUUCAAGAAAAAAAUCUAAACUGAGUCUUCUUUUUUGACAUGAGAAAUAUUUCUGUAACUGAAAUACAGCAUUUAGAAAUUGUGAAAGGGAAGAUCUCUUUAAGGUGGGGGAAAACAUUGUUCCCUUGAAAUAGAAUGCCUACUACUGCAUUCAAUAAAAAAAUUAUUUUGUUGGAA